UUGCGUCAACUCAAAUCGAAGUAGAUUUCUCCAGGCGUACACUCUUAAUUUUCUGCAUUGCAAUAAACCUUUUGUACAUACAUUCUUUACCAUGGCCUGUUUGAAACCCCGGGAGCUUGCCGCUGUAAAGGAAUAUCCUUAAGGGAUACCUCGAAUGGGAUCGAAAUCAACGCCUCUUUCAGCUAAGCUAACAUUAUUGCAUCUAAUAGCAAAACUUGCUAGCUAAGAAGCUAGCGCUAGCUCUUAGCUAUCCCUACCCUACCGUCGAGCUAGCUAUGCAUUAGCACUUUAGCCUAGCUCGCCAACCAGUGACAACUGACAAAGGGCACAGAUGAUGUGAUCCUGAACAUGCUAGAGUGAAAAACAAAGCUUUUCCUGUUUGUGGCACUACCAACCACGAUUGACACACUAUAAGCCUUCCAUCCUAGGAUAUCUUACCAAUAAUCUACACUGCCACCUGUCUGCAGUUCUUUCUGCACGUGAACCAUGUGAGGGCCCCUCGGUCCAGUCUGAGGGGAUCCCAGGACUGUUGCAAAUACGACCCCGCUGUGCGGGGUGGGACUGAUCCUGUCUGCGUCUAAGAGAGCAGUCUUUCCAGUAUCCCCCAGCCCAGCCACACGUUACUGUUCUCCCGACCAGGGAGACACGCCAUGAUGUUCCGGGAUCAGGUAGGUAUCCUCACAGAUUGGUUCAAGGGCUGGAAUGAGUGUGAACAGACGGUGGCACUGUUGUCCCUCCUGAAGAGGGUGUCGCGCACCCAAGCUCGCUUCUUACACAUCUGCCUUGAACACUGGCUGGCAGACUGCACAGAGAUACACAUCCUAGAAGCUGAGGCCAACAAUGCAGCAAUUGUCAGCCAGUGGCAUCAAGAGCCAAAAGAGAAGGUUGUGUCCUUGCUGCUGUCCCAUCUGCCUCUGCUGCAGCCACGCAACAGCGAGGCCAAGUGUGAGUACAUGAAGCUGCUGCAGAAGGUGUUAAGUCACACUAUUGAGAGUAGCCUGUUUGUGGAAGAAAGCCGGCAGCUGCUGUCCUACGCACUCAUCCAUCCUGCCACCACACUGGAUGACCGCACCUCUCUGGCGAUGUGGCUAAACCACCUGGAGGAGCACCUAUCCAGUGGCUACGCCCCCCGGCCCCCAUCUAGCCCCUACCACCCUCGCCAAGGCUCAGAUGAAUGGCCCAGCUCUGCUGAGUCUCUGGACCCGGGCCACGCCUGGCACGACCAGUCCCCUUCAUCCAGCACAUCUCCAGCAGGCCAGAACGGACACAUGCCUUUCCCGGGCGGGAUGUCCUCUCCCAUAAACAGCAAUAACACAGGUCUGGGUGGGCAGAUGCAGCCUAGCCCUCUGAAGAAGUCCAUGUCCGUUAUUCCUUCCAGUCCCCAGGCUUGUGGCUCUGAGUGGGUUACCCAUGAGGAUAUAGGGGGCCGGCAGAACUACAUUCUAGACCAUGCGCCCCUUUCACCCCAGAGCAGUGUAGCCUCUUCUGGCAGUGAGCAGACUGAAGACCAAGGCUCCGCUCGCAACACCUUCAACGAGGAUAGCAGUGGCAUGAAAGAUGUUCCUGGUUGGUUGAAGAGUCUCCGCCUCCAUAAAUAUGCAUCACUUUUCUCCCAGAUGAACUAUGACGAGAUGAUGAUUCUCAAUGAACACCACCUGGAGUCACAGAACGUCACUAAAGGAGCGCGGCAUAAGAUCGCCCUGAGUAUCCAGAAACUGCGAGAGAGGCAGAGUGUGCUCAAGUCUUUAGAAAAGGAUAUCUUGGAAGGGGGAAACCUGCGUAAUGCUCUCCAGGAGCUACAGCAGAUCAUCACCACACCCAUCAAGGUCUACUGCCCCCCCAGCGCAGCACAGAUGCUCCUGGACGCAGCCAUGGCCUCAGACUCAGCCACCUCCUCGACAGAAGCCACGAAAACAGGAGCAGACAAAGAGACUGAGGGCUUCCAGUCCCACAACCCCCCCUCCUGUGACGGAGACUCCUCAGCCACACCCAUCUCAGACGGCGACAUUGCAGGACAGUUCACCCGGGUCAUGGGUAAAGUGUGCACUCAGCUGCUUGUGUCCAGGCCAGAUGAGGAGAACAUCAGCUGUUACCUUCAGCUCAUUGAGAAGUGUCUGACUCAUGAGGCUUUCACAGAAACUCACAAGAAAAGGCUGGUCUCCUGGAAGCAGCAGGUCCUCAAACUGCUUCGCCUGUUCCCUCGGAAAGCUAUGCUGGACAUGCCUGUGUACCGACAGAAAGGCUGGACCUAUGGGUCCAACUCCCUCCCCACAGCAGGCUCUGUGAGUGGAGUGGUAGGGCGGCGGGGGCAAAGGGCGUUCCAGAUGACUCCUCGUGGACUCCCAGCCGGGCGCAUCGGUCUGCUGAGUCCCGGCGGGAUAGGGGGAGCAUCCCCACGCCACACACUCACUAAUCCUGCGCUGGCAGGCCAGGGGAGACAAAACCUGUGGUUUGCCAACCCUGGGGGCAGUAACAGCAUGCCGAGCCAGAGUCGCAGCUCCGUGCAGCGGACACACUCACUCCCUGUCCACACCUCCCCUCAAACCAUGCUCAUGUUCCAGCAGCAAGAAUGCCAAGUUCCCGGUGCAGACCUGGAGAUCAACCCCACAUUGGAGUCACUAUGCCUCAGUAUGACGGAGCAUGCCUUAGGGGAUGGAACAGACCGGACAUCAACGAUAUGAAAGGAAGAAAUAAAAAAAAAUACACUUCAGUUGAGGCCUGUUCAGUUCCUCAUCACCCAGCACAAAGAUAUACGUAUGCUUAAGAAAACCAGGCAAAGCAGUCACUACAAAAUGACAAAAAAACUGUGUAUAUGUUCUCUAAUAUUUUUGUACUUUAUUAUAUACAACUAAGUUUAUUAAAAAUGGAAUACAGAUGAUUAUUAUAUUGCAGGACAGAGAAAAAAGCAAACUGCUCCAUGUCACCUGCAGGACUGUGACAUGAUGUGCAGAGGCUCAGUUUGCCGUGGUCUGAGAGAAAAGCGGUGGAUUGGUGCUGUCUUAAACGGGCUCUGCCCUACAAGUUACUCUUCUUUUCCUCCUGCCUUGGAGCAAGGCUUCUUUCCAGAACACACUGACAGCCACAGCCCCUGCACCACAUGAGUACAUUCAGAAAAUGUCCAGCCAGAAGUAAGGCACUUUCAUUAAAAGAUCUCUGAUAUUAUCCACUAAACUGUAAUUGGCCCUAGGAAACACUGAGGUUCCACUUGUAGACAGUUAUUGAAACGGAUACCAAUACCCUUUCUUGCCACCCUUAUUGUUCUCUAACCAGUGCAGUGCUUGUGUUAAGGUGAUGGCUCGUAUUGGUUGAAACUUAGAACUCUUUCCUUGAUUCUUUUAUCCUCUCUAGAGGACUGGUUUUCAUGGCAAGAGGAGGACCAAAAGGAUUAAGGUAAAGCUUGUAAUUCAACCAUUUUUCUCUUGGUUAUUUUCCCUGAACACAUAGUCAAAGAAGAAGUGACUACUGUCCUCCUCUAAACAUUUACAAAGCCAAAGAGAAGGGUUGUGUGAUUGUUAAUUUGCAAAGGCUAUUUGUAGUGAAGUGCAACAGAAUGGUAUAAUUUUUCUUUUAAAAGAACAGCAGCCUGAAUAAUUUAUGCCAGCUGCAAUUUGUCUGUUAUUUUAUGCCCUACUAUGUGGAUGAUGAUGAAUCCCAUUUUGUGCCGAGGAAAAUCACCAGAGGGGUGAAUAAGGGCUGGUGAGGUUUGUGCUGUGCGAGAGCUGAUUUGAUAUUGAACUGAUAAAAGCGAGGAGGGUAGAGUGUUUUCAAUUUACACUUUAAGCUGGGCGAGAAAACUAAAUGAAACCCAUCUCAACCCUCCGGCCACCUUAUGAUUGGCUCUGGUAAAUGAAGCUUGAGCUUGUAAUAAAUGCUCCGGAGCGCAGCGCUUCACCCUUGCAGUGCCCUCUUCCUCAAAUGGCCAACGUGACGAUUUGAUGAAUCAUUCUUUUCAAGGUGCUUGAUGAUGUCCAUAUUUUCUGUUUGUGUCUCAAUGUGUUUCAGUCUCCGAACCCUAACAUGAUCAUGUGGUAUCAGUGUUGAAUCAAAAAAACUUGUCUUAUACAGCCUCUGUCUUUGAAUGUGGCAGAGCGGAGGUGCAUGUAUGUGUAAUAUGGUCUUAACUUUUGGAUUGCAUCAUAAGGCAGGGAUGACCAUUCACGUUUUAUUUCAGCACAGCCAUCGGAGUGUGUCUAGUAAAGAUGGUUAUUUACAGAUAUCUUUUCCAAUUGUAUUUUGUACUCUCCCUUGGUAUUGAUAACUUAUGCUUAUUUUCUAUAAUCGCAUGUUUUGCCACACUAAUACAGCACUGUUGUAGAUAGAGGACAUGGUGGUUGAUGGGGCCCAGUGUCACCAACAGCUAAAGCAGAAAUCUUGCAACUAAUGUUGUAUGUUUAUACCGCCUAAAUUUCAAUGUUUACAUCCCUGGGAUAAUGCCUAAUUCAUUUUAUCUGAUGUCAUGAAUACUCCAUUGUCUCACUAUGUAACGCAUUAAAGAACUGACGCCAUCUCACACGAGAUGGCUGGGUAGAGCCUGAACUGAAAGCCAUCUACCCCCCUAAUUCAUGGAGUGUAUGAGCCUCAGUAGGUUCAUUUCAAGUGGUAACUGUAUGGGCAUGUAACGCCUACUUUUUCUGGUCAUACGGUGACUAGAGAUAGCUUUUCUCGCCUUGUGAUUGCACUUUGGCUGUCAUGUCGUGAUCAACUGUUCAUGUGGUGCCUGAAAUGCACAGCUCCAGCAUCCUUAAUAUAUCAAUUUAAUGGUCUUGAGUAAUGUUCUAGUCAAGGAUUUCUUCAGAGCAGGCUCUUGGAUAGAUCUGACUUACUAAAAGCAUCACACUCACUCGUCUUCAGUGAGUUAACAAUGCUGACAACUUUAAGACUCGGCUAUAUUAUUUUUAACUUCACUAUACUGUAUAUCAAUUAUGUUAUGUUACAAAUGGCUCAGAUGAUCCUUUUCAUUGCCUCUGUGGAUUUGUACAGCCUACAUAUUACUGCAAAAUAAGACAGGUACAGUGAGGCAGGUUUCUGUAAAUGUCCUUGCAGAAUCAAGACGCAUCAGAGGAUGACGAUGCUUAUCUGAGCCACAGAUUAUGUGAUUAUGAGUAAACUGACACUAAUAACAGGCCAAGGAAUAUGUUUACUCCAUGUUUACAUUCCACUGAUGCAUGAAAUGAGUUGGAAAAUGCACUUCACAAGCAUCCACUAGGAGGUACAGAGCCUGUGUCACAUGGAGACGUCUACCAAGUGGUCCCAAGAUCAUGUUAAAGUCCCUGCCAGGCUUAAUUGUUAUUGAAUUGAUGCAGCCAGAUGUAGGCUACAUUGGAUAGUUGUCUUGUACAAUUUAUAUUUAAUUCUGAUUACACCCUGACAUUUUCUAAUAUUUUAUGAACCUUUUGCAUCCCAUGCUUAUUCUACUUUUGUACUGUCACUCAUGUGUGAAUGGUCUGAAGUGCAGCAUCCGUCGGAUCAUUGACAGUCGAAAUAAAGAGGUUCAGUUAUUUUGCAACUUCA